AUGGCCACCGCUCACCUGGCUGCCUGGGCCGCCGCCCUCCGCUACAACGCCUUACCCCCCUCCGUCGUCCAGGCUGCCGUGCGCUCAUUCUACAACCUCGCCGGCUGCGCCGUUGGCGGAAGCGCGCAUCCCGCCGCAGCCAUCGCUCGCGCCUCAGUGUCGCCCUUCGCCGGCCCGCCCACCUCGUCCGUCCUGGGCUGCCGCGGCCACCGUACCGAUGCAAACUCGGCUGCCUUGCUCAAUGGCAUCAGCAGCCACGUCCAUGACUACGACGACACCCAUCUCGACACCAUCAUCCACCCUGCCGGCCCCGUCGUGUCCGCUCUGCUGGCCGUGGCCGAGCUGCGCGAGCCCGUCAAUGGCAACGACUUCAUCCUCGCCCUAGUCGCCGGCAUUGAGGCUGAGUGCAAGGCUGGCCUAGCCGUCUGGCCGGACCACUACGACGUCGGCUGGCACAUCACCAGCACCUCCGGCUCCAUUGGCGCCGCCGUGGCUGUCGGAAAGCUACUGAAUCUUGACGUCGAGGCCAUGCAGCAUGCCAUUGGCAUUGCUGCCUCUCAAGUAACGGGUCUUAGAGAGCAGUUUGGCAGCAUGACCAAGUCGUUCCAUCCCGGCAGAGCCGCGCAGAAUGGCCUUCUGGCCGCCUUCUUGGCGAGCAAUGGCUACGAUAGCUCUCUCCAAUCCCUCGAAGCUAAACGCGGUUGGGCCAAUGUGGUCAGCGCGUCUAACGACAUCCAGGCGCGCAUGGACACUUUAGGCAAGACAUGGGAGAUCUUGAAGAAUUCCUUCAAGCCAUUCCCUUGUGGGAUCGUCAUCCAUCCCGUGAUCGACGCUUGCAUCCAGAUACAUCAUGAUAUGAACAAAGACAAGUCAGCAGAGCAGAGUCCGGACGCGUCCUUGAUCCAAUCUGUCCACGUCGAGAUCCAUCCGCUGGUCCUCGAGCUCACUGGCAAGAAGACUCCCAAGACAGGUCUCGAGGGUAAAUUUAGCGUUUACCAUAGCGCUGCGGUAGCGUUACUUUACGGCAAGGCGACGCCAGCACAGUACGAAGACGCAGUAGUGCAGGACCCUGCAGUGAUUCAGCUGCGGGGCAAGGUCGAAGCCACCGUUAACAACGAGCUACGCACAGAUGAAGCCAAGGUCGUAGUCAGAUUCGCACAAGAUGCAUUUGAGAAGCAUGUUGAGCAUGCGGUAGGGAGCGUGCAGGUUCCAAUGACGAACGAGCAACUCGAAGAGAAGUUCUUGGACCAAGUCUCCAGCGUCCUGGGUCAGCAACAGGCGAAGAAGGCCUCCCAGAUUUGCUGGAACCUAGAGAACGUUACGGAGAUGAAGGAAAUCACUCUUGAGCUGCAAUAA